UUGCCGAGAGGGGGAGUGGCUUAGGGACCCUAUAGAAAUGAACAUUUCUGUACCUGUAGGUGUGUCUAAACCAAGAGUGUUUAAUUUAGAGGUCCAGCAUCUUAGCUUAGCAUCUCCCCCACUCUAACUGUCAGACAAACAACCCGUUCUUAGCAGCCAGUGGCAACUGAGGGGAGGGAAGCGAGAGAAGCGCUUGCUGUUAACUGCAGGCCCUCAGUGAUCAUGGCUUUCCUCCAGCUUGGAAGACUCUGUUUGCUCCUGCUAAUGUGCAUGACCGUGGCAACGCAAAGUGCAACUGGAUUAAAGAGAAAGAAGCGGGAGUGGAUUCUCCCACCAACAAAACUCAGAGAAAAUGUUGACUACACAAAGCAAGAAUUCAUUUCAAAGAUCAGAUCCGAUAAAGACACUGAAGGAAAACCAUUUGAGUAUAGCCUGCGAGGACAUGGUGCUGACAAAGAGCCUUUUAACCUGUUUGUCGUCAACCCCAUGAAUGGCUAUGUGAGAAUCACAGGGAUUCUGGAUAGAGAGUCGAUACCACAGUACAAUCUGACAGGGAUUGCUAAGUACAAAGAUGGAAGACUGGCUGAAGAAGAAAUCCAGCUAAAAAUCCAGGUUGAAGAUGAAAAUGACAACCCUCCAAAGUUCAAGUUAUUCAAAGGGGCUGUAAGAGAAUGCAGCAAAAUAGGAACCCCUGUCAUGCAGAUAACCGCUGAGGAUGCAGAUGCGAAGGAUACAAUCAAUGCGAAGAUUGCAUACAAGAUACUGAAGCAAAUUCCAGACAAAUCUGGCACCAUGUUCACCAUUGACAGAGAUACUGGGAAGAUCUAUGUUAAACAACACACCCUGGACAGGGAGGUGCUUGAUAAAUACACUUUAAUAGUGCAAGGUGUAGAUUUGGAUGGAGCACCCAGUGGUAACACAGGAACUGGAACAGUGGAGAUUAAAGUUUUGGACAUCAAUGACAAUGUUCCCACUCUUGAAAAAGACGCGUAUUCUGGUGCUAUUGAUGAAGGCGCCAUUGAUGUGGUUGUGAUGAGAAUCAAAGCUCUGGAUAAAGAUUUGAAGAAUACUGAUAACUGGCUGGCUGUCUUUGACAUUGUCAAGGGUAACGAAGAUGAAAUCUUCACUAUAGAAACAGACCCUAAAACAAAUGAGGGCAUUUUAAAGCUUGUCAAGCCUGUGGAUUACGAAAAGGUCAAAUCGCUGGAUCUUGACUUGGCCAUUUCAAACGUAGCUCCUUUUAUAAAUGGAACAGCGCUGUCCUUGGGUCUCAGUUUAGAUUUGGACAGACCUGGAGGACCUGGAAUCAGUGCUGGGGCAGGAGCUGGGGCAGAGGUAGGAGUAGGGGUGGGUGUAGGUGUAGGUGUAGAUGCAGAUGUAGAUGCAGGGUUAGGAUUAGGGGUUGGAGUGGGUGUGAAUACAGGGGUAGAUGUUGGUGUGGAUGCUGGUGUAGAUGUGGAGGCAGGAGCAGGUGCUGGUGUGGGAGUUAAACCUGGUGUAAAACCUGACACCAAGCCUGGAGCUAAACCUGACAGCGAUCCUAGCACCAAACCUGGAAUUAAACCUGGUUCUAAACCAGGCAAAAAGCCAUCACCUGGAGGAAAGAGCUAUCCGAUAAAAAUCAGCGUAAACAACUUGCCUGAAGGCCCAGGCUUUUCACCAUCAGUGAAGGAGUUGCCUGUGUCAGAGAACCCAGAGGAAAUAAAAGUUCCCAUGGUUAUUGGUUCCUUUCCUGCCUUGGAUCUUGAUACUGGAGAACCUGCUGAAAAUGUCAGGUAUGCAAAAGGAUAUGAUCCAGACAACUGGCUAGCCAUUGAUGAGGAGACAUCAGAAAUUAAACUGAUGAAGAUACCAGAUCGAGAGUCAAAGUCCCUGGUUAAUGGAUCCUACAUUGCAAAGAUCCUCUGCAUGACACAAGAUGUGCCACCCAAGACAGCUACUGGAACAAUAGCUCUGAAGGUGCACGAUUCAAAUGACCAUUGCCCUACACUGACCAGCACUUACCAGAGUGUCUGUUCUGAUAAUAAUGUGGUAAAUGUGACUGCGUUUGAUGAGGAUGCCUAUCCCAAUGGAGAGCCUUAUAAAUUUGUUCUGAUAGAGGAGGAGACCCAAGGAAAAUGGGAGAUGGUUCCUAUAAAUGACACAACCGUGAGCUUCCAUGCAAAGGAGGCUCUGUGGCAAGGAUUUUACGAGCUCAGUUUGGAGAUUUUCGACAAGCAGGGUCUGGGCUGUAAAGACAAACAAAAACUUCAAUUAGAGGUGUGUACGUGUGAAGGCAGCACCACGUGUGAUCUCAGACUAGGCCAUCAACGUGAUACUUCAGCCAAAGUGGGGUUUCCUGCCAUUGGGGUCAUUAUUGCAGCACUAAUACUGCUCAUGUUGAUUCCGCUGUUGCUGUUAUUCUGCCAGUGUGGGACAUUUGGGGAAUUCUCAGAGCUGCCUUUUGAUACAAAAGAAUAUCUUAUCGAAUACCACACUGAAGGCAACGGGGAGGACAAGUUGGUGCCUCUGAUGUUUGCUCCAGUUGCAGUAGAACAACAAACAGUAGGAGCACUUUGUAGCGAUUCCAACAACGCCGCCAUGGUGCAAAGUGCACAGGCUUUUGACACCAGGCUGUUCAAUAAGGAGAUAAAUCAAGGGGUCAUGGAGGUUGACGGAAUGUAUGGCUAUCAACACAACACACUACAAGCUCAGCACUCCCUCGCCUCUGCCCAGAGAAACACUUUCCACUCUGCAUCGUUUCGACAAAAAGCCCAUACUUUUUAUGAAGGGAUAGCACUGGCAGAUAGCUAUCUCCAGGGAUAUUUCUCUCAGAAAUCUAGGUUUCUGGCAGACAGCUCUGCUCUGACUGACAGUCUAUUGGUGUACAACGAUGAAGGUGAAUACUCUCCUGCUGACACCUUAGACUUCGACAGUAUCCUUGAGGCUGACAAUGACCUGAGUUUCCUCAAUGACCUGAACGCAACAUUUUUCAAUUUAGCAACUAUUUGCAGUCCUCCACCUCCCAAAUUAGAACAAACUGUCAAGUCAGUGGCCACUUCUGUAGCCACUAGUGAAGUUCAGGUCGUAAAAUCUGAGCAGCCUCCACCCCAGCAAAGCACAAACACCAGUGUUACAGAGACGAUCAACUAUCAGAGCACAAACACUACAGUUACUGAGGCUAUCAACAAAUCGGGUAGUUCUACACUGCUCAUGCAACAGCAGCCUUUGUACUGCCUGGUGGAACAUCAGGCACCAAGUGCUGUGAUUCUUGCUGAGGAGCCUUUACAGGGAAUGUACUUAAUAAACGGGCUUGCAGGAGCUCAGGGGCUAGUUCUCCAGGGUGGUAAUGUAAUACAGAAUGGCAUAGAACAACAAGGAAUGUAUCUGAUUGAUGGGAUGUCUAUGUUACAGGGAAAUAUAGUGUUAGGCAACUGUCCAAAUCUCAUCAAUGCAGGUAGUUUAGCUGUCCCUCCUGUGCUAGUUCAGGGAGAGAAAGGCAGGCAACAACUACCUCAAGACCUACAGCCAGGGGUAUCAAAAGAGGAGGGCAAACCUGCUAUAGGCUCAGGGAAUGUAAAGAAUGCUAAGCCUGAAAAGUUGCAGGUCAAAUCAAAGAAAUGAACAUAUGUAUACUGACUUGCCAGUUUAUUAGAUACACCUUCUAUUUUCACACCAACUGCACAUAUUCCCUGCAUUUAUAUAUCAGGGAUGCAGGCCAGGUUUAAAUCAUUGAUAUGUGAGGAUAAAUAACCUGAGCUGUUAUUCUGGAAUAUUCAUGCACAAUUACGUCAGGCAUUUAUCAAGAAACAACCAGUUGUAUAACAGUUUGUGGUUCAGAUGGGUUGUGAAAAAUAAAUAAAUAAAUAAAUAAAUAAAAAUAAAUAAACAAAAAUAAAUAAAUAAAUAAAUAAAUAAAUAAAAGUUUUUUUUAUUAUUAUUUUCAGAGUAUUUAAGAAUUUAAAAAAUUAUUAUUAUUAUUAUUAUUAUUAUUAUUAUUAUUAUUAUUAUUAUUAUUAUUAUUACAGUCCUCCAUAUUGUUUAUAUAGCACUUUUCCAUGGCUCAAGGACAUGUUACAUCCCACGCUAGUAUUCAACAGUAAACAAACAACAGACAACAAACAAAAGUGCCAAACAGUAGGUGAAAUAUCUUCUCAGAAUGCACCAUUUAUUAGACCUUGUCUCAACUGGGCAACCAUGACUGACGAGCAUGUCAGGUGCUUAAUGAACAAAAGUUCUGGAUGAACGCUAGAUGACCCAAGUGGAGUGGGAAAACAUUGCCUGGUUAGUCAUUGCUUCUGUUAUUGUGGUGAUGGAAGGAUCAAUUUUAGAGCCUCUGGAGCAAGCCUGUGUAGAAUGUAUGACUGGUACUGCAUAUCUGAACAUGAAGCUGGUGAACAUCUCUUUACUGUACGGCUAUAGUUUAUCACGAACACAUCCAUGACACUUACAGCACGUCUAUAGUCACAAAAGUAUUCCAUGAACAAGAUGUUUAUUUUUUUAGUGCUGCAAAAAUGCUCACUCUGCUCAACUCCACAGCAUCAUCCAUCUUGGGGAUGAGGUAGGAUUUGCGGCAACAUUUAAAUAUGUUACAACAUUUCACUUUAAAUGGGCACCAUGGUGGCUUAGUGGUUAAGAAGGUCCUGGGUUCAAAUCCUGGGUUCGAACAGACAGGGGCCUUUCUGUGUGGAGUUUGCAUGUUCUCUGCGUGGGUUUACUCCGGGUACUCUGGUUUCCUCCCACAGGUUGAUUGGUAAUUCUAAAUUACCAAUAGGUGUGUGCAGUUGUCUGUCUAUAUGUGGCCCCGUGAUGGACUGGUGACCUGUCCAGGGUGUACCCCUGCCUUUUGCCCAAUGUGUGUUGGGAUAGGCUCCAGCAGACCCCUGUGACCCUAAUUAGGAAUAAAGCAGCUAUAGAAAAUGCAUGGCUGGAUUUCACUUUAAAUGUAUUUCCUUUAUACUACUGACAAGGGUCAUUAUAAUGUUUCUAUGAUGCAAGACAAUAGACAAAGACAGUAGCACAAACACAGCAGACAAAAGGCUUAAUACGCCACAGGUGCGUAGAUAGUGAAUACAAUAUAUGUGCAGUGAACAGUAACUGCAGGUCGAAGGGACAAAGUAGAUUUUAUAGUGCGCAAUAUACUUUAUUUUAACCAAUAAAUCUGCCGUUCUUGUGUGAUUUGUACAGUAGAAAUAUGUCGGUUAUGUGUUGGCGGUGACUUUAGAGGUCAAUUAGACAUAGGUCUAAAGAGUAAAGAGUAUCAAGUGUAAGCAUUAACAAGAGUAAGGUGAAGUAAAUCAGCCUGAAAAGAGCUAAAGGGUUGAAUAAACAAAACAAUUCUGACACUAAAGACCACAACACUAAGUGUUAAACAAAUGGAUAUACCUCAUAACCUGGCAAUGUGGUGUAUAUAUAUGCUCAUAACCGGGGGCAGAUUUCUAAGGAUGCGAGUGCUUCUGAGAAUCUUUGCUGAAGACUACAGUGAUUAAAGCAGCAUGGUGAUACAGUGUGUAUUGAUGGUGCCUCACAGCUCCAGGGUCCUUGGUUCGAUCCUGAGCUCAGGUGCGUGGGCUUUCUAUUAUGUUCUCUAUGAUCUCUUAUGAUCUAGAAAUAGUGCCAAAUCUGGAAUACUAAAUAUUCAAGAUAUAGAACAUUUACUUUCUUUGCUUUAAAUUUAAGAUUUAGAUUUUUACAUGUCCACUGGAUAUACUGUAUGUGUAUAUAAUGUUCCAUAUUGCUGUUGUCAUAAGUGUCAUUAAUCAUGCUGCGAAUGUGAAUGUAAUUGCAUUCUUACAUUUAAGUCUUAAAAAAACGAGGUCCUUUAUGUCUCCACAUUCUAUACCGAUUGUGUAUAAGUACUUUUUUCCAAUGUUUUGGGGUUUACAUAUUGUCUUUGUCAGUAAACAAUUUUACACACUUAUGUCGAUGCAAUGCUUACAUUUAAAACUGUGUUGAUUUACUUUGCAAUAAAGUCUGU